ACAGUAGAAAACUGGCUUCACUUGAAAAAUACUGUUCCGCUUCCUUUUUCCACGUUUGUCGUCAAGAUGGUAGGUUGUCCUAGCGUAGAUGACUUUAUGAUUUCAAAAUCAUGAAACAUCCUUGGAAUUUCCUAGGUUAACAUAUUUUGUUUAAAGUUAAUUUACACAAAGAAUGACUGAUUGUGUUAUUAUUUAUUCAUUUGCAAUAAUUAUUUCCGAUUUUGUUUUGUUUUAGUCUCACAGGAAAUUUUCAGCUCCGAGACAUGGCUCUAAGGGAUUUCUCCCCAAAAAGAGAAGUACCCGUCAUAGGGGUAAGGUAAAGGCUUUCCCUAAAGAUGACAAAACUAAGCCUGUGCAUUUGACUGCCUUCAUAGGCUACAAAGCUGGCAUGACCCACAUUGUUAGAGAAGUUGACCGCCCAGGCUCCAGUAAGUUUCCAUCAGACUUAGUUUAAUGAUUAAUAAUGAAUCAUCUUUUAGUUAAAAAUAUAUCUCUCUGAUGCGUUUCAUUAAAAAAUCUGCACUUGUUUUUCAUGACAAAUAAAAUGCUACUGUUUCUGUGUAGGAAGUUGAGGUCCCUGGUUAUGCAUUUAUUUCAGUUGAAUUUUAAUGUAUUUUAGAAACCAACAAGAAAGAAGUAGUGGAAGCUGUAACUAUUAUUGAAGCACCACCCAUGGUCUGCGUUGGUGUAGUAGGCUACAUUGAGACACCUACAGGGCUUCGCUCCUUCAGAACUGUUUUUGCUGAGCACCUUAGUGAAGAAUGCAGACGUAGAUUCUAUAAAAACUGGUAAUGUUUGUUGAGAAUUAUUUUAAUAUUAUGAGAUUGUUACUCCUUUGGUGCUUUUGAAAGUAGCCUAUUUCAUAUGCCUAGGAGUUUUUUUUUUUUUUUUUUUAAAGAUAAUUAAUAUAAUUUUACUUGAUAUCCUCCCUGAUCAUAAAUUACCAGCUCCGCUCAGUGUCAAUUGUGCAUCUUGUGUGCAAAUACUGAUGAGCUAUUUGGUUGUACAUGUUCAGGGUUAUCUCCGCUCAUGAUUGUUUCAUGAUGAGAUUUAAUACUUUAGGUCUAAUCUGACAUGGUCCUGGUGUUACAUGGGCAUGAUUGAAACAAAACUUCAAACACAGGUGAGAUUUUGGGGGUUUCAAAACAUUUUUAAAUAUGGAAUUCUUAUGUUGAAAUCCUUAAUUUCACUUAAGUUACUGGAAGAUAGUAAUUGGAAAAAGAUCAUGUUGAUUUAGUGCUCUGUGCUUUGCUUUUUUAUAUGUAUAUAACUAUUCAUUCCUGCUGCAAUAUGACCUAAUUGCUCAUUACAAAUUAGGUCAAGUUCUAAAAAGAAGGCAUUCACACAGUAUGCCAAGAAAUGGGCUGAUGCAACUGGCAAGAAGGACAUUGACACUGAUUUGAAGAAGAUCAAGAAAUACUGCAAAGUUGUCAGGAUUCUUGCUCACACUCAGGUACCAUUACUCAAAGUUGUGUAUUAAAUAUAAUUUAUAUUUUUCUUUUCAAGCUUGCAAAAUGUUUUGCUUUUUAAAUAUAUUUUACCCAACCAUCUUUUUUCCCCCCAGACCAAAUUGCUGCGCAAACGUCAAAAGAAGGCGCAUCUUAUGGAAAUACAGCUAAAUGGUGGAAGUAUUUCCCAGAAAGUUGAUUGGGCCAUUAAACACUUUGAAAAACCCAUUGAUGUUGCUUCAGUCUUCAACCAGGAUGAACUGAUUGAUUGUAUUGGUGUGACAAAGGGUCGUGGUGUCAAAGGUAGGUUGAGUAGUUUUGAUGUAGUCAGAUUAUGACUUCAUCAAACUUAUAAUUAUUUAUAGCAAUUUAUAGUACCGGAAAGUACUAUCAGUAUGGAUCCAAUGAAAGUAGUUAAAAGUAAUUGUCUAAAAUUUAAGACUGAAUAAUCAUCAUUCUCUUUUUCAGGUGUAACCUCUCGUUGGCAUACAAAGAAACUACCUCGCAAGACCCACAAGGGUUUGAGAAAAGUUGCUUGUAUUGGUGCAUGGCAUCCUAGCAGAGUUCAGUACUCCGUUGCAAGAGCUGGUCAGAAGGGUUAUCAUCACCGUACUGAGAUCAAUAAGAAGGUGGGUUUGUGUUUUUUUUUUUGUUGUUGAUAUUCAUUUAAUUUACAAGUAGUUUGUCCUUUUAUUCAUAUUCUUAUGUCUUAAUUUAGUUUCAUUAUUGUGGCCAACUCCCAUUUAAGAAUUUUUUUAAAAGGUAGUAUUGGGGUAUGAUUUGACUAAAAGCACUUCUCACAUAUUUUAUCCAACAGAUUUAUCGUAUUGGUGCUGGUAUCCACACUAAGGAUGGUAAAGUCAUCAAAAACAACGCUGCCACUGAAUUUGACCCAACUGAAAAGACUAUCACGCCACUUGGUGGCUUUCCUCAUUAUGGAGAUGUCAGAAAUGACUACCUGAUGAUUCGUGGCUGUGUUGUAGGUCCACGAAAGAGGGUUAUUACCCUCAGAAAGGUAAGAGGCUCAUCUUUAUGUGAUUUAUGUAUUUGUACAUUUUCAGUCUCUUUAAAUGUUUUAGAAUAAAAAUGGUAAGUUGUGACAUACAUGCCUAGGCAAUUGCACCUUUAAGGCUAUUCACUGAAAGAAGUAUGGUAAAUUACUGUUUGCACAGUGUUUAAUAAUGUUACGGUACUGUAUGUAGUAGCUCAUGCAUUUAUGAUGAAAAAGCAUGGUAUUACCCUCGCAAGGGGUAUCCUAAUUGAAGCUGAGGAUUGUUUCCAUGUUGCCUUCCUUCUGAUAUGAGCUUUAGUUAUUUUUUAAGUAAACUUGCUAUUUUCAGGCUCUGGUGCACUUGUUAUAAUUAUAUAUUAUUAUUUUUUCUGAAGUCUUUGAUGACCAACUUCCGUCGACGUCUCAUGGAGAAGAUUACACUGAAGUUUAUUGAUACAUCCAGUAAAUGGGGACAUGGCCGCUUCCAGACUGCCGAAGAAAAGCGUACCUUCAUGGGACCCCUUAAGAAGGAGCUUUUGCUCAAAGAUAAGGAGCCAGUCUCUGCCUAAAUGUUUGGUUUACUGGAGGCAUUUUGGAAUAAAAUUGAUUGAACACUUUUA